CGGGACCGAACUCGCUUAUGUCCGAUCGACUGUUUGGUUGGUGGUCGAGAGCUCUUUGACCGAGUCGGUCCUAAAUGCCGCCGAGCACAAUUCAUCGCUCUUUGAAAAGAACAGGAAUCAAAUCGCAGCAAUGGCUACCCAACGUGAGGAGGACAUCAAGAUGAUGCUGGCCGCCCAGGUCCACAUCGGCACGCGCAAUGCCGACUCCAAGAUGGCGGACUACAUCUGGCGCCGCCGUAACGACGGCAUCCACAUCAUUAACGUGGGCAAGACGUGGGAGAAGCUCAUGCUCGCUGCUCGCGUGAUCGUGGCCGUCGAGAACCCGGAGGACGUGAUUGCCAUCUCGGCCCGCCCGUACGGCCAGCGCGCUGUGCUUAAGUUCGCCCAGCACACCGGCUGCCAGGCUAUUGCCAGCCGCUUCACGCCCGGCACGUUCACCAACCAGAUCACCAAGCAGUUCCGCGAGCCGCGUCUGCUCAUCAUCACGGACCCGCGCACCGACUCGCAGGCCGUGCGUGAGUCGUCGUUCGUCAACGUGCCCGUGAUCGCCUUCUGCGACUCGGACUCGCCUCUGCAGUUCGUGGACGUUGCCAUCCCGGCCAACAACAAGGGCAAGCUGUCCAUCGGUCUGCUCUACUGGCUGCUCGCCCGUGAGGUGCUGCGUCUGCGUGGCACGAUCUCGCGUGCUCUGCCUUGGGACGUGGCUGUGGACCUGUUCCUGUACCGUGACCCGGAGGAGCUCAAGAAGGCUGAGGAGGCUCAGGCCACCGCUGCCGAGGAGGCCCAGACCCGCGCUGGCUGGGGUGACGCCGCCCCGCAGACCCCUGCGGAGCCCGCCCUGUACGCCGCUGAGCCUGCUGCCCCCGCCGCCCCUGCGGCUGAGUGGACCGCCUCGGGCAACACCGAGUGGUCGGGCGAGGCUGGCGCUGCUUCCAACUGGGACGCCGCCGCCCCCGCUGCCAGCAGCGGCUGGGACUAAGCGUCUUGUACCUGGAUGGUCAGUUGAUGCUGAAUCACAAGCUGCAACUCUUUGGUUCUUUUCGAUGAAGUUUUGGAGUAUUCUUGCAGGGUGCUAGUGGCUCCGCUGUGCGGAUGUGGACGCAUGGAAUAGACGACGGUGUUAUGCGAUGGCACCUGGUUAAUGCGACCGAUAGCUUCUGUCAUAACGGCGACACGUUAAUACACUCUCAAGGCAACCCAAACAUACACUGUUCUCAUCUUGCUCA